AUGGCAGACAACACCAACCCCGGAAACUUUGCCAACAGGCCCAAGGAGGAGGUUCAAAAUAUUGCCUCGAAAGGAGGUCAAGCUUCGAGCGGCUCUUUUGAACCGGGCAGCGCAAAGGCAAGUGAGGCAGGCAAGAAAGGCGGUCAGAAGUCAAGUGGUUCCUUUGAGCCAGGCAGCGACAAGGCCAGAGAAGCAGGCCAGAAAGGUGGCUCCAGAUAG